UGGGUGGGAUGAUAAGAUGAUGGGGAAGUUUGAUGGGGGGUUGGGGACGGUGGUUAUUGUGAGGUAUAGGGAUACGCCUGUUGGCCCCUACGACGAACUCCUGCUCGUCCCCGGCAACUUCACCGUCCCACAACCCACGACCACCCCAUCUGGCCAGCCCCACAUCAAAAUCCCAAAGAAAGCCCAACGCAUAUCCCGCAUCUACGUGUCUCAACGCACAACGACCUACAACGGCCGUCUAAACUGGAACAUCCCCAAACAGCUCGCACGAUUUUCCUUCUCCGCACCACCUACUGCGCCCGGCGCCUCGCCUCCAUCCACUCUCACAGUGCAAGUCUUCCCGCCUGGCACCAAAGAAGGCGACGGUGGAGCACCCUUCUUCGCUUGUACUCUCAAACCCUGGCAAUGGGUUCCUCCAAUGCCGUUGAACACGAAAUACCUUCCACUCAGCAUGGCCGCCGCGCAACCUCCCCUCCCAUCCGCCUCGGGAUAUGAACAAGCGGUUAAAGAGGUUCAAGAAGGCCUAAAAGUAGACGACUAUGACACGGAUGUCAAGAAGAUGGAAGCGGUGCUAGUGGGUACGCAGAAGUGGCGGGCGUUCGAUAUCGCGGCGGUUACGCCGAGAGCGAGGGGAUGCUGGGUGGAAGUGCAUGAGAAGAAGGAGAGUGAGGUUUUGGAAGAGAGGGGAAAGAAUUGGUGGCCAAGGGGACUGGGUGCGUGGAGUGUGGGCGCUUGGAUGGAGGAUGUGGAUUGGAGGUUGGGGGAGGUGGUGGAGUGGACGGUGUAGGUGUGGGUAUGGGGGUGCACUGUGUUUGGCUAAGCUACGCAUCAUCUCAUCUCUUGUAGAGAGGGUUGAGGAGCGAGCGCCGAUGGUUCCCCUUCGAAGCGUAGGGAAGUGAAAAGCGCGCCUGCUGUGCGUUUGUUUACACUGCCUAAGUGCAGUUGCCUUGAAAGCGCGCACGAGUGCAAACCACGUAUGAUUAGACCCUUAUCGUCACUUUGCUGUCGCUUUGCUCUCAGUCUAGCAACAUCUGGUUUGGUUACCGCGCGCACGCUCAACUUCAACCACAUUAUCUUCACUCGAUUGCAUUGCUAUUUUCACAUUCA